ACAUGUCAGCUGAGUCUUAGUCCUUCGUCUGCUGCUAAAAGUAUAUUAGAAAAUCUUGUAUUUUUAAUAUUUGUGUUUGAUUUUCCAGUCGGUUACGUUAUAUACAUUAUCACAGAAUCAUGGGGCAAGAUUCGGGAGUAAAGGAUUUUCCUUCUUUGCCUGAAGACAAAAUAGAUAUGAUUGCUGCUACCAGCUUAUUACAACAACAUGCUGCGGAUAUCCGUCAGCAAAAAAUUAACUGGACAUCAUACUUACAGUCUCAAAUGAUCACUCAAGACGACUUUAAUUUCAUAAGUGCUUAUGACUCUACUGAUUCUAAGGGCCGCAUAAGGCUUCUCACAGAUCGCACUCAAGCAGCUAAAACAUUUUUGAACAUCCUAACACAUGUCAGCAAAGAUCAAACAAUUCAAUAUGUUUUAAUUUUGAUUGAUGACAUGCUGCAGGAGGAUAGAUACCGUGUCGAUAUUUUCCAUGAGUAUGCUGCUAAAACCAAGGAAAGUGUAUGGGGCCCUUUCAUGAAUUUAUUGAAUCGUCAGGACAGCUUCAUUGUUAACAUGGAUGCAAGAAUUAUUGCUAAAAUUGCUUGUUGGUCCAGUACACAAAUGAGUGAAUCUGAUUUGAACUUCUAUUUGACUUGGAUUAAAGACCAGCUCAGAUAUAAUGCUGAACAAUAUGCUGCGGCCAACCCGGUAUUAUCUCCAAGAUUUGAAGGCUUUAAGGGCUGGGAGUCUAUUAAGGAAAGCUACACUGAAAUAUCUAGCUGCAUUGAUGAAAUCCCCGUUUCGGAGCUACCGACAACUGAAUAUAUUCAGUCUGUGGCACGCUGUUUACAAAUGAUGUUAAGAGUUGAUGAAUACAGAUUUGCUUUUGUGCAAGUCGAUGGAAUCAGCACUAUUUUAACUAUUUUGACUAGCAGAGUCAACUUCCAGAUCCAAUAUCAAUUGGUAUUCUGCUUGUGGGUUUUGACCUUCAACACGUUAUUGGCAGAGAAAAUGAACAAAUUCAAUGUCAUUCCUAUAUUAGCUGAUAUUCUAAGUGAUUCCGCAAAGGAAAAGGUUACUAGAAUUGUACUGGCUGUUUAUAGGAAUUUAAUUGAGAAAGUGGAAGAUCAACAGGUGGCCAAGGAGCAUUGCAUUGCAAUGGUGCAAAGCAAGGUAUUGAAACAAUUAUCCAUCCUGGAACAAAGACGUUCAGAUGAUGAGGAUAUCGUUGCUGAUGUUGAAUAUUUGACCGAAAAAUUACAAGCUUCCAUUCAAGACCUUAGCUCAUUUGAUGAAUAUGCUACAGAAAUCAAGUCCGGCAGAUUGGAAUGGUCACCUGUUCACAAAUCUGCUAAGUUCUGGAGAGAGAAUGCCCCACGUCUCAAUGAGAAGAAUUAUGAGUUAUUGCGUAUAUUGAUCCACUUACUUGAAAGCUCUCGUGAUCCCCUUGUUCUGUCUGUAGCCUGCUUUGAUAUUGGAGAGUACGUCAGGCAUUAUCCACGUGGCAAAAAUAUCAUCGAACAGCUUGGUGGCAAACAACUGGUUAUGCAAUUAUUGGCAUAUGAGGAACCAAAUGUAAGAUAUGAAGCUUUGUUGGCAGUCCAGAAAUUAAUGGUUCAUAAUUGGGAAUACCUUGGCAAGCAACUCGAGAAGGACCAAACCAGUGAAACUAAAGGAGCUGCUGCUAAUACUGUUAAUGUCAACGCUUAGUAAAUCAUGAGAUUUACAAUUUAAUUAUGAUACAAAAAAUAUUCCAUUAUAUAUGUAUACAGUUUUUACAUAGUCUGUUGUUGUGUUGAACAUAUCUUUGUUGAAAGUUCUAAAAUGUCGUACUAGAAAAUUAGUUAUAUAUUGUAUAUAAUUAUGCUGGAAGAAACAAUGAUAUAAUCAUAUGAUUU